GUUCCAGAGGCAGUGAAUACCACAUGCAGCAUAAAAAAAGGCAAAGUAAUUUUAACAUGGAAGCCACCGGCAAGUAACGGAGCAGUCAUCAAACGGUAUAAGGUAUACCAAAAGGGGGAAAACAAGGGGCAGUGGACGGAGAUCGAAACGAUCAAUAACGCUUCACAUGAAUACGUUGUCAGCGAAGUAGAGAAGGGCGGAGAGUAUGAUUUCGUUGUUACAGCGACCAACGAUUAUGGAGACAGUCCAAAAGUGGGGGGCUGCAAAGGAGUUAAAUUGCCGGAGGGUAGGUACAACUUUACUUAG